AUGGCUACUUCUUUUUUUCUUAUAUUAUUUUACUUUGAACUUACAGGUGAAGUUCCUCAUUUUGCAACUCAACGAACAAUUAAAGCAAAAGCGCACUCAAGAAUUGAUACUCAUAUAGCAAUUUUUAUAUAUUUCUUACCAAUUUUUUAUACGAUAAUUGCUGAAAAUCAUAUUAUUUAUUAUCAACUUAUAAUAAUGCUUUUUUCGCUAUUUUUGAUAUGGAAAUCUAUAAAUUAUAUUCCCUAUUUUUCUUUUUUUUGCAAUUCGCUAUUGAUCCUUACUCCCCCUAAUAGGCAAGUUCUUUAUUUCUCCCUUUUGAAUUAUUUUUUAAAUUAUUUUAGGCUUCAAUAUAUUUUUAAAACUGCGUAUAUUGCUUCUUAAAUAUCACACUUUCUAAAUUUCAGCGUAUUAUUUUUGAAAUUUAAUUAAUUUAUUAUUAUAUAUUCAACAGUAUAAUACCUAAAAGAAAGCUUGAUCGCUCAGAAAAUGAGAGUUAGGUUUUUCAUUAUUGCUGCUAUAUAA